AUGGCCUCCCGUCGCUGGACUCACUUGAUCCGCUUCAUUGCGAAGGAAGACGGCCAGAUCCAUCUGGGCCAGAUCGACGCAAAGAAGUUCCCCGAUGUUGGGCUGGCGACCUUUGAAGGCAAAGAGAUUGACGCCAAAGUGGUGUCGGGUUCCGUCUUCGACGGCGUGGUGACCAACCAGACCCUGACCGUCAAGCAACUCCUCUCGCCUUUGAGCAUCGAGCAAACACCCAUCAUCCGCUGCCUGGGGCUCAACUACCGCGACCAUGCGAAGGAGGCCAACAUGCCCAUCCCCGACGUGCCUGUGCUGUUCAUCAAGCCCCGCACCGCUCUUGCUGGACCCUUCCCCGCCAAGAUCAACCUCCCCAAGAUCGCGCAGGACGACACCGCCGACUACGAGGCUGAAUUGACCGUGGUCAUUUCUAAGGACGGUCGUGACAUUCCCGAGUCCGAGGCCUACAACUACGUGCUGGGCUACACCUCGAGCAAUGAUGUCAGUGCCAGAGCACAGCAGUUGAAGAACAGCCAAUGGUGCUUCGGCAAGGGCUUGGACGGUUCAGCACCGAUUGGGCCCGUGUUGGUCUCACCUGAGGCCAUCCCCGACCCGCACCAGUUGGACAUCAAGGCGAUUUACAACGGCGAAGUGGUGCAGGAUUCGAACACAAGGGAGAUGAUCUUCAACAUUCCCCAGACCAUUGCCUUCCUCUCGCAAGGUACCACGCUGGAGCGAGGUACGGUCAUCAUGACCGGAACAGGCCCCGGGAUUGGCAUGGUCCGGAAACCCAGGAUUAUCCUGAAGCACGGUGACGACAUCCGGGUCUACACCCAGGGCAUUGGUACCCUGAUCAACGAGGUUUACCAUGAGCAAUGA